CUGGAAGUAUAAGAAGAAGAAGCCAUGGCUGCUGGCACAGAGAAAGGUGACUCAGCCAGAGGCACCAACCCAGGGUGGAAGAUACAACCAAACGAUUUUAAGGUGAAUUACAUCCCAGGUACAUGUCCAAGAGUGACGUACCUGCUCUACGAAAUCAGGUGGGGCAGAAGUACCAAGUUCUGGAGGCACUGGUGUCGAAACACCCCAACCCAGCACACCGAAAUCGCCUGCCUGGAACAUGACUUCAAGAAGUUAAACUUCAGGCCAUCAGUGCGCUGUUCCAUCACCUGGUUCCUGUCCUGGAGCCCCUGUGGGAAAUGUUGCCAGCGUAUAGUGGAAUUCCUGAGGGCACACCCCAGUGUGACUCUGAAAAUAAAAGCAGCGUGGCUCUUCAGGCAUAUGGAUGAACGCAACCGACAAGGCCUCAGGGACCUGAUGGAGAAUGGAGUAGCCCUAUACAUCAUGAACCUGCCAGAUUACAGAUACUGCUGGAGAACAUUUGUUGCCCAUCAAGAUGAAGAAGAUGACUAUUGCCCCUUGUUGCGCUCUCUGUGGAUCAUUUUCUAUUGUCAAGAACUCCAGCGUGUCCUUUGGGGUCUCCCUUCAUUGUUAGCAAGACAUGCAUACCCAUGAGUAUCAGCAGCACACCUUCAAUCUCGUCCUGCAAGACAGCUAGUGCCAAAUGCUUUUACAAGAGUACCAUGCAGCAGCCAAAGACUGGCAGCCUUUACAUUAGAAUCCCGACUCACCAGCCCCACACCCACAUCUAUUGACCUACUAGCCUGAAACACCAGCCAACCAUCGCCAGGCAAAGGGCUGCAAAAGGAGCCACUCAGAAAGCCAGCAAGAAGUUCUGAAAAAGCAGCCAAUCAAUAUUUAACCGGACCUUGGGUCUCCAUACACAACACACCCUGGGGGAUCGAGUCUCCUCACCAACUCUGCAUGCCCUAGGGAAGCAGGGACUGGAGCAGAUCCCUUUGUACCUGCAGUUGGACAUGUCUCUGUGCCUUCCACCUUGAUGAGCAGGACAAUCCAACAAUAUUUAUGUUUGCAGUGUUGUUGCAGCCAUGUUGGUCACAGGAUAUGAUUGAGACGAGGUGGGUGAGGUAAUAUCUUUUAUUGGACCAAUUUAUGUUGGUAGAAGGGACAAGCUUUCAGGCUACACAGAGCUCUGUGAGCUGAAGAAGAGCUCUGUGUAGCUCAAAAGCUGGUCUCUCUAACCAACAGAAGUUGGGUUCAAUAAAAGAGAUUAUCUCAGCCACCUUGUCUCAAUCAUAUUUAUUGCACCUUGAGAAACUACCAUUAUCAAGUCAAAGCAAUGAACUGUUUGCAUCAGGAAUUCACAAGCAGAUCAUUUUUAUAUGGAGUUGUAUUUUGGAGAGAAUUUCUCCUGCUAUUUUAUUACUUGAGUUUAUUUUUCUAUCAUUGAAUUUCUUGGUUUUAUUUUCUGUAUCAUUUCUGACCAUUAAAAAAGAACAGAAUGAAACAGAAAAUGUUCCUUCAAAGGAAGCGCUGCUUUUCGUGCUUAGAAUUUACCGAUGUGUUAAUGUGUCGUUUGCCUCCAUCCCAAUGUAAUCCUGUCCCAUGUAGGCCUGUGUCAUAAAUAUAAAGGGAAGGGUAACCACCUUUCUGCAUACAGUGCUAUAAAAUCCCUCCUGGCCAGAGGCAAAACCCUUUCACCUGUAAAGGGUUAAAAUGCUACGGUAACCUCGCUGGCACCUGACCCAAAAUGACCAAUGAGAGGACAAGAUACUUUCAAAUCUGCAGGGGGGAACAAAGGGUUGGUCUGUCUGUGUGAUGCUUUUGCCGGGAACAGAUCAGGAAUGCAGCCUCACAACUCCUGUUAAGUUAGUAAGUAAUCUAGCUAGAAAUGCAUUCGAUUUCCUUUUGUUUAAUGGCUGGUAAAAUAAGCUGUGCUGGAUGGAAUGUAUAUUCCUGUUUUUGUGUCUUUUUGUAACUUAAGGUUUUGCCUAGAGGGAUUCUCUCUGUUUUGAAUCUGAUUACCCUGUAAGGUAUUUACCAUCCUGGUUUUACAGAGGUGAUUCUUUUACCUUUUCUUUAAUUAAAAUUCUUCUUUU